AUGUUUGCAUUUAGGAUUGGACCAACGUCUGUAUCGAAGAACUGUGAUAAUAAGCCAUGUUUCCAAGGGAAAUGUGAAGGUGAUAAGUGUCGAUGUUUUGCUGGAUGGGGCGGGCAACAGUGUGAUCGUUGUUAUGGCCGUACUCUAUUAACAAAUGAAAGUGAAGUAAUAACGGAUGGCCCUCGUAACUAUAGCUCAUCAUCGAGAUGUAUGUGGAUAAUUGACGGGCAACAGAAUAGUGGGCCGUUGUUGUUGAAAAUCGAUUCGUUCAUUACUGAAUGCAGUUGGGAUCACGUUUAUGUCUAUGAUGGUACCGGUGUUUACGGAGAACAGCUAGCUGCGUUUAGUGGCACGAUGUCUGAUGUGGAGUUGAGCGUAAAAUCUGGUAAAGCACUAGUGUAUUUCUUCAGUGAUCUAGCUUUCAAUAUGUACGGAUUUAAUAUCACGUUCGCGUACGAUACGUGUCCAAUGAAUUGCUCAUCGAACGGUCACUGUGUACACGGCACAUGUAAAUGCUUUGAUGGUUACCGUGGUACGGCCUGUGAGCAUGUUGUUUGUACAGAAAGCAAUACUACAACUCCAGCUUGUAGUAAUGCUGGUAUUUGUCAGUCCAACCACACUUGUCUCUGCACUAAACAAUUUCAUGGUGAUCGAUGUCAAGUACCAACAACACAAGCUGUAUUCGACUCGUUACUAACCAACAAUGAAAUGGGUGCAAGAGCAUCACAUUCAUCGAUCGUCAUAAAUGACUCGAAAAUUUGGAUAAUUGGUGGUGCACACUUUUCCGGUUCGAAUAUCUCAAUGGUUGUUGUUUACGAUAUAGCCACAUCCAAAUUCACCACUCUACACACCAAAAACACUCCAGCACCGAGAUAUGACCAUUCGGUUGUCCGUCACAAGAACAAGUUGUAUAUGUUCGGAGGAGUUAUCCAUGAGAGGAAUAUAACAAAUGAAUUGUGGAGUCUUGAUAUGGUGACACUGGAAUGGAAAUUGGAAAGUGCUGCGAAUACGGCUGCAGAUGCAAGUCCGAGUGCGGUCGCAGGACAUACGGCAUAUAUUAUCGGCGAUGAAAUGCUCGUGUUCUACGGUUAUAAUCCUUUUCAAGGAUAUGUCUACAGGAUACAGAAAUAUAAAAUAAGUACGAAAUAUUGGAGUUAUCAAAGUGAUAGUGGUCCCGAGAUUCAGGGUCGUUUCGGUCACAGCAUGGUUGCAUACUUUCACGAGAAAAAACAUGUCAUACUAAUUUACGGUGGAUACAAACCACCAAAUGAUGCCACCUAUUCAACGAUCACGAAUGUGUUGAUUGAAUACACGUGUGAUAAUCAAAGAUGCGUACAUAAGACCCAAUCGUCUGGUCUUAUGCCAGUAUUCGGUCAUUCGGCAUCAAUUAUAAAUGGAAUAAUGAUUGUUAUUGGCGGCAAUGGACAUAAUGAAUCGACGUCAACCCGGACGCAGGACUGCUAUUCUGGUGCUGUUCAAGCAUAUGAUAUUGAAUGCGAUACAUGGCUGAGUAUAAAUGUACCAGAUGAUUCGUUUCUGCAGCGAUACGGUCAUUCAUCAAUUGCAACCACAUCGAAUAUUUUUAUUACGGGUGGAUUCAAUGGUAGAAUGCUUGAUGAUGUGAUCAAAUUUACGCCUUGUACGACUGAAUGCGGAGGUUUGAAACGACCAGAAGACUGCAGAAAUAUGCGUCAGGGUGUUCGGUGUUUGAUGCGUAACGGAAUUUGCGUUGCUGUUCAGCCAGAUGUUUCUUAUGCGCAAUCGUUUCUUUCAUUUAUCAAGAAUGAGGAUCCAAAAGCCGAACAGAAUUGUCCUGAACACUAUCAGAAAGCAAGUUUGUGUAGUGAGGGCAAAGACUGUGCCAGUUGCACGGCAGCAGACGGGUGUGGCUGGUGUCAUUGGAGUCGUGAGUGCGUUAACUCGGAGGGUUCAUGCAAAGACUCGAUGUCAUCACCAAUUGACAAGCCAGAGCAGUGUGUCAAGGAGGAUGAUCCUAGGUCGUGUACCUAUGCGCAUGAUUGCUUCUCAUGCAAACUUCUGUCUCACUGCAGUUGGUUCCUUAUGAAGGAUUCGAAGUGGAAGUGUAUUAGCACUCGAGAAGUGGUACGCGAAGAAGAGCAAGCCUCGCAAUCGUCCUCGUCAUCGUCGUCACGAGUUUUAUCGAUGUUAAAUUCAUCAAGUCGUAAUUUCACAUGUCCUCUUCCAUGCUCUCUGCACAACCAAUGUGAUUCUUGUAUCAAAGAGCAGUGCAUGUGGUGUCCAACGAAUGCUCGUUGUGUGCCCAUGGAUGCAUACAUGAUCAGUUUUCCGUAUGGACAGUGCCAGUCUUGGGUUACUGCAGCGAACACAAUCAGUAAUCAGCAUGCUUGUCAACUUGAUCCAUCGGAUUGCUCCAAACAGAAAACAUGCGCCGAAUGUCAACGGGUAGGUCCCAAAUGUGGAUGGUGCGAUGACGGGUCGGGUACGGGUCUUGGCAGAUGUCUUCCUGGUAGUCUUGAGGCACCUCUGAAUGCUAGUCUCUGUCCUAACGAUGGAAAGUCGGCGUGGUAUUUCACAAAUUGUUCUGCGUGUCAGUGUAAUGGACACAGUAAUUGCACAACAAGAAGAAGUAUGCAUGACUGGAUUUUGGAUCAGACGUGUGCGCAGUGCACUCAUAAUACAACUGGUGAUCAUUGUCAGUAUUGUGCUGAUGGUUUCUAUGGUGAUCCGAGGAACGGUGGUAAUUGUGAGGAAUGUCAUUGUAAUGGACAAGCGACUACAUGCCAGCGUGAAACAGGUGAUUGUUUCUGUACAACAAAAGGAGUUACUGGUAAAACGUGUAACAAAUGUGAACAGAAAUAUUACGGUGAUCCUGAAAACAAUCAGCCGUGUUAUUAUGAGCUGACUGUCGACUUCAUAUUCACGUUCAAGUUGGAUCAAGAUGAUCCCAAAGACAAAUACGUCAAUCAGAUUAAUUUUUUCAGUAUACCGCAUAAGCGUGACACAGACGUACAGUUUACGGUGGUGUGUGAGUCACCAAAAGGCUACAAAGCAUACGUAUCGAUGAGCAUCAAUUCAUCUCUAUUCGAAGGACAUCCAGGAAUGAGUAAACCACUGAUGGCAAAAACAGUGUGCGAUGAAAAUGGUAUUCGACGUACCUACAGUGCCAAUUCAGAACCUGGCUUCAUAUUCGGUACCGAUGCGAAUACCACGUUUUUGGUUAAAGUGCAUAAUUUUUCAACGCCGAUAAAGAUACAGAUCUCUUUCUCACAGUCGCCGCCAAUCAACUGGGUGCUGUUUUUCGUUAUAUUUGCCGCAUGUUUCGUGGUUUUACUCGUAGUCGCGGGUCUUCUUUGGAUGAUUAAGUUGCGCAUUGAGGUAUUUAGAAGAAAUCAACGACGCUAUGAUGAAAUCGAACAAAUGGCAUCACGUCCAUUUGCUUCUGUACGACUGGAACUGACAUCUCCACGUGCCAACCUUAUGGCCACUCCGAUAUCAGUGGAACCGUGCAGUAACUAUCGCGUAGGAGUGUUCACGUUGGCCGUUCGAUUGCCCACCGGUGGUAGGCAGUUUACACCACACGGUACAUCUGGAUUGGCGGUUGCGUCUGCAUUAUGUCUUUUAACACAGGCACAGCUCGGUGUUCUGCAAGCACCCGAAAGUAAUGACCAUCAACAAAACCGCAAGACCACUCUUAUGCGUUAUAUACCUUUCAUUCGAUCGUAA